AUGGUCACAAGAGAAGUCAAAUUAAAGGUAAAUGUGGAAGGGAUAGUGAAAUCUGCGCUGUCUAUUAAAAACAAGUACGAUCAAGAGUUCUACAAUACGUCAAGCGAACAGCUGAGACAUUUAACUAUCUUGAAGGAUAUAUUUGAUGGCAACAAUCUAGAGAUAGAAAGCGAUCACAGCGAGGAAGAAAAGAAAGUCAUUCUAGACACGCUCAGGAAGGACAUUUAUCUGUACUUUAUAGAAAACGGCUACCAAGUCCCAAGUAUGCAAUAUUUAUACAGUGUAUUGAAAGGUGGAAGAGACGCAUCAAUCAGAUCAGAGGCUAUUCUUUUGGCAAACCAUCUUAUAAAACAGAAUCCGUUCAUAUACAGGCCAGACCAUGGCAUUUGCAGAAAGUCUGUUGCAGGCGAGCUGUUUGACGAUAUAAACCCUGAAAAUGCUGCUCCUGACCUGAGCACCAGAACAUACACUCUGGAGAUCGAUGCGACAAAAUUCGUGAAUUUGAGAAGUCUGAUGGAGGCUAAUGCAGAGAGCCUGAGCAGACAAAACUAUCUCUAUGUUGACACUGCAGCACGUUUUAAGGGCAUAGAUGUUUUAAAAAAACACGUGCAUCUAAGAAAAUUCUACACUUUAGAUGAUCUUUACACCAAAGAGUACGAAGACACUAAAACAUCGCUGCUGGACUACGGGCUGGAGCUCAUCUGCAGGAAGUACCAUGAUAUUGAAAAGUUAAGCGAGGAAAUUGAAGAACCAAAGAUUAUUUAUAAGGGACUGCAGGAUGAUAUAGCUGAUAAAAUUAAUAAAGUGUUUGUUCAGGAAGAGCUGGAAAUAGUCAUUCCCAUUCUCGAUGACAUAAAGAAAAUCGGCUACGAGAAAAGUCUCCACAAGUCCAUCAUUUACACGCUGGAAUACUUGGUAAACAACACUGCGCUCUUGAAGGAGCCAGCUAGCGGCCUAAACGUUCUGCACAUAAAGAAAGAUUUGAGCGAUUUCUAUGAAGACAAUGUAACAGGCAAAGGUUUAGAAAAAAUAGUGGAUGAUAAAGUAGAUGAGAUAACCCGAGAAAUGCUAAAGCAUAUUGAUUCUCUUAACAGAGAAAAUGAGGAAUACACUGAAAAAGAAGCAAGACUUCAGAGAUGGAUGGAAGAGUACAGGAAUAAACUCAAUACGCAGAUCUACAAUAAAAUGGUUGAAGAAAAGAACAAAGAAAUGCAAGAGGCAGUUUUUUCUAUUAAUGAUCUGAACAACAAGAUAUAUCUCCUGGCAUGCGAUAAAGAAAGAGAGACCAUACGCAGUAAAAGUCUUGUUGAACUCAAGAAAAACUUAAAAUCCUUGCCAGAGCUGACUCUACUUCAGAAACAACACUUACUGGAAAAGAUAAAACAGUUUGCAAAGGUACACAAUGUUAAAGUGGAAGAAGAAGAGCCUGCAAGGUCUUUGGUAGAAAAUGUGAAAUCUACUGGGCAAUUUGUCUUUAGACUACUUACAGGUGCUUGUGUUCUAAGCGGAUUCACACUAACAGCCUUUAACCAUUUUUCAAACAUCGAUACAAUGCAAGUUGGAGAUGUCCACAAUGUGCUGAACUCUAAUCAAUUUUUAUGCCAUAAGAAACAGUCAUUGACUAAGAAACAUUAA